GUGUCACCUCUUCUUCUGCAGCUUCCAAUGGCAUUUCAUAAAGACAGUCAAUUUUUUGAAGGAGGAAAAAGUCAAAAUGAAGCCUCUCCUGGACAGUGGGGUAGAGCAUGGAAGGCUGAUUGGUUUUCUCUGAUAAGUGUCAUCUAUCUACUCUUUUCUUCUCCCUUUAUGGUCUACUAUUUUGUAAUGUCAUGUGAUCAGUACCAUUGCUCUUUGAGUGAGCCAGCCAUCCAGUUGCUUACGGGAAAAGUUCACCUCUUAGAUAUCUGGGACAAGACACCCUCUUUCUCUUGGAAAAUUCUGAUCCUUUACUUUUCUUGGGUAAUAUUCCAGGGAUUUUUGUUUAUGAUUCCUGACUUUUGUCAUAAAUUUAUUCCUGGUUUUCGAGGAGGAGAACAAGAAGGUGCCAUUUCACCUGCUGGUGUAGUACUCAAAUAUGAGAUCAACGGACUACAAGCCUGGUUUAUAACGCAUGCCCUCUGGUUUGCAAAUGUUUACUACUUCCAGUGGUUCUCGCCCACUAUCAUUUUUGACAACUGGAUUCCAAUCUUGUGGUGUGCAAAUAUUCUGGGCUAUUUAAUGUCCAUAUUUGUUUGGUUAAAAGCCUACUUCUUCCCUUCUAAUGCAAAGGACUGCAAAUUCACUGGCAAUUUCUUCUAUAACUUCAUGAUGGGAAUUGAAUUUAAUCCACGCUUGGGAAAGUGGUUUGAUUACAAAUUGUUUUUUAAUGGCCGACCUGGAAUUGUAGGAUGGACUUUGAUUAAUUUAUCCUAUGCUGCAAAACAACAGGAAUUGUAUGGACAAGUCACUAAUUCUAUGCUACUUCUCAAUGUCCUACAGGGUCUGUAUGUUCUGGACUUUUUUUGGAAUGAAACUUGGUAUUUAAAAACAAUGGAUAUUGCUCAUGAUCACUUUGGAUGGUAUCUGGCCUGGGGAGACUGUGUUUGGCUUCCCUAUCUCUAUACUCUGCAGGGGUUGUACUUGGUCUAUCAUCCUGUCCAGCUUACUACCAGUUAUGCAGUUGGAAUUCUUCUGCUGGGUUUGGUGGGCUACUAUAUUUUCAGAAUCGCCAAUCAUCAGAAAGAUCUCUUCCGUCUCACUGAUGGCAACUGUAAAAUAUGGGGUGAGAAACCCAAAUAUAUUGAAUGUACCUACACAUUAAUCAAUGGAACUAAACACUACAAUAAAUUGUUGGUUUCAGGAUUCUGGGGUGUGACCCGCCAUUUUAACUAUACUGGAGACUUGAUGGGCUCCCUGGCAUACUGUCUGUGUUGUGGUUUUAAUCAUAUUCUUCCUUAUUUCUACAUAAUUUUUAUGAUCAUUCUCCUGGUCCACCGCUGCAUUAGAGAUGAACAUCGAUGCUCCCACAAGUAUGGCAAAGACUGGAAAAGAUAUACUGAUGCAGUACCAUACCGACUCAUUCCAGGGAUUUUCUAAAUGCUUAUUUUAGACUUA